GCUGGCUAGGCUACAUUUUUGAGACAUGUCCAAAACAGAGUAGAAAACGUUUUUGAUUUGGUUUUAAUAUGCCGAAUUGUGAUAUUAUGGGUUAUUAUUGUUCAGAUGAUUUAGCUAAGCUAGCUAAGAGCUACUAACGUCGUUUACUGUUGCCAUAGCAUCAGUAAACUUUCUGAGCUGUAAAUAGAGAUGAGAGUGCUUAUGUGUUGAUCCUUAAUGGUGUGAUCAUGUACACUAAAUUAUCAAUUAUUACAGGUUGUUGUGAUAUAUUUGAGGAGUCGUUCUCCCUUCGUUUUAUAUGUGGACAUUUGGGACCACUGUUAGAAUUGUAAGUUUAUCAUGUAUUUUUUAAUGUAUAAAUUCAUACUUCAUUAUUAUAAUAAUUUUCAAAAGGUUUUAAAAGAAACACACAUCCAAAAAGUUCUCAACUCUAGGUUCAGGACAGAGGAAAACAUUUUCUUUAUUUUUCAGACAUUAUAAUGUAUCCAUGUCCUUCUCCGGUUGACCACUUGACAUGUGAGAGCCUGAGGAGUUGUUCCCCCUCUGUCCAUGUUCGAGGACUUGCUCUCUGUCUGCCUCCACUCUCUGCCUUCACUGUACCAUGUCUGUUGAGUCUCCUCUAGUCUGCAAGAUAACGUGCAACCAGCAUCAGCACCGGCCCAAACAGCCCCUUCCAAACAGGCAGGUUGAGAACAUCCACUGCUUGUAUGGCGACAUAAUUCUGAAGACCCAAGCCUCCCCUGUGUUUACGGAUGACGAUGUCACCUUGUGUUAUCAGCAUCAGAGCGGCAAACACAAACAAACCAGCUUCUUUAAAAACGGAGCAUUGAUUGACUCUAACAGUUCGUCCGGUUCAGACCGAGUCAUAAAGAUGACUCUUAAGAAUGUGACACGGGAAGAUGAAGGCUUCUACAGGUGUGCGUCCCACGACAGACAGCUGCAGAGUCCAGAGAGCUGGUUAUCAGUGAGACCGGACAGAGGAAACUUCACAUCAGAGGAGACUCCAGCCUCCACUGGUUCCUGGAAAUGGAUCAUUGCUUCAUGUGGGGUUCUACUUCUGAUCGUCAUUCCUUUGACUGUUUGGCUCGUUUGUCACUACAGGUACCAGAAGUUCUGCACUUGGAGCUGCUGGCCUGUUUCCAAACAGGAAGUUCCAGCAGGGGUGCUUCCUGCCACCAAGUUGAAUGUGACGGAGGUAAAGUGGGACCUGUCCUGGAUGGAGAUGUCCAACCUGUUGGAAAAGGAUUCUUAUUGUGGCACGUAAAGGGAAACUCUCUUCUGAAGCCCAGAGACUUAACUAUUGGGUCAAACCUAUGAGAAAGCUCAGUCAGUGCUGCAAUUUGUAGUAUUUGAUGGUCACAUGUCAAAAUAGUGCUACCUGAUAUAUUUUUGAAUUGAAUUAAAUGAGAUGUUUAGGAUUUAUAAGGAUGACUACAUUUGCUGAUGGUGCAGAUUUGAUAGCUUCCAAUACAAAUGUUAUUGUUUCAGUUGUCACAUUUGUCAAUGUCAAUACUC